AUGAAUGUGUCUUCUUCAUUAAGGUACGUGGAUCUGGAAGAAACCAAUUUGCAAGGUGUUCUGAUAGAGAGCUUCUUUCUUCUGCCAAACUUGGAAAGGCUCAAUUUGGGUUACAAUAAUUUCACUGGCCAGAUUCCUAAUUCCAUUGGCAACCUAACCCAAAUUAGGGAGUUAUAUUUAUAUGAUAAUCAUUUCACUGGCCAGAUUCCUGAUUCCAUUGGCAACCUAACCCAAAUUAGGGAGUUAGAUUUAGGUUAUAAUCAUUUCACUGGCCAGAUUCCUAAUUCCAUUGGCAACCUAACCCAAAUUAGGGAGUUAGAUUUAGGUGCUAAUCAUUUCACUGGCCAGAUUCCUAAUUCCAUUGGAAUAAAUAUCACUUUUCCUAGCCUAGUAAGUUUGUUCUUAUCAUCUUGUGAACUGAAGGCUUUUCCACACUUGAGAAAUUCAACAGCACUUAUGCGGUUGGAUCUUUCUAACAAUAAGAUUGAUGGUCCAAUACCUAACUGGUUUAGCGGCAUGAGUGACUCUGUUCCACAUUGCUUGGGUAACACGGUUGAGCUAAUUGUGCUAGACUUAAGAAGCAAUAAUUUCAGUGGGACUCUUCCACGGUUAUGUGCGCAGAGCGCUUCAUAUUUGAGAACCAUUGUUUUGAAUGGUAAUCAAUUUGAAGGACCUGUCCCUGUGUCAUUGCUCAACUGUACUGAUUUAGAAGUUCUUGAUUUGGGGAAUAAUGCUAUAAAUGACACAUUUAAAGCUUGCCUGGGAACUCUUGAACAGUUGCAAGUCCUUAUAUUAAGUGGCUCACUGCCUGUAGAAGUAUUUGAAAAUUUUAGAGCGAUGAUCAACUUACAUGGCGCAGACAAAGGCGAGAUUGUAUAUAUGAGUCAAUAUUUAAAUACUUCUGUUGAGUAUCAGGAUUCAGUGAGGUUGGUGAUCAAAGGCCAGGAUAUUGAGCUAGAAAAAAUCAGCACAAUUAUGACAGCCAUAGAUCUCUCAAGCAACCAUUUUGAAGGUGUGAUUCCAAAAACCAUAAAAGAUCUUGGCUCACUUUGGCUACUCAAUUUAUCCCAUAACAACUUCAGAGGGUAUAUUCCAACGGAACUGGGACAGCUGAAUACGCUUGAAGUGUUAGAUCUCUCUUGGAAUCGGCUCAUAGGAAAGAUUCCAAGGGAACUGACAAGAGUAAAAUUUUUGGCAGUCUUAAACCUCUCGCAAAAUCUUCUGUGUGGAACUAGUGAUUCAUCACAUGUUCCUCCACCAUUGGAGUCUAAAGAAGAAGAUGAGUCAUACUUUUUAAGUGGAUUUACCUGGGAAUCAGUAGUCAUAGGCUACAGUUGUGGACUCGUUGUUGGAACUGUCAUGUGGAGCCUCAUGUUUAAAGCUCGUAAGCCAAAGUGGGUUGUGGAAUUUCUUGAAGGCGCUUUUCCCAAGAAAAUGAGAAGCGCACAGGAGAGAAGGUUGAGAUGGCGGACUUAA